CACUGGAAGAGCCCCGGCCCGAAAAUACUUUCUGAGUUUGUUAAUCAACGCAAAGUCCCGGGACGCCUUUGCAUUUGACUUGUGCAUCGAGGCGGAUUAGAUUAUGACAGAGGAGAGAAGGAUAUUAAAGAAUCACAAAGGAGAACAUAUUGGCUUUAAUACAGCUGUCAACAUCUCUAGACAGUGAAAGAUGCAUGACUUGACUGCCCAGGUCACUAGCAGCUUUCUACCUUUCCCAGGGGUGACCAUAGAUGCCCUGGGGGAAGAUGAGAUCACUCUGGAAUCUGUGCUACAUGGGAAGUUCACCAUUGGUCGAAGUGGCCUGGCCUGGUUGGCCUGUGGCCCCCAGCUGGAGGUGGUCCAUGCAGUAACAGGAGAGCGGCUGUCUGCUUAUUGCUUCAGUGGAGGAGGGGAGCACCCACCCAGCAUCCUCGCAGCCAGGGAUUUUAGCUGGCUUAAGAGAUCUGGUUUGCUGGUGGGCUUGGAGGAAGCAGAGGGCAGCAUGCUGUGUCUCUAUGACUUGGGCCUCUCUCGUGUGAUCAAAGCUGUGGUAAUACCAGGCAGGAUUACAGCCAUUGAGCCCUUGGUGAGUUACGGUGGAGCCAGCACCUCCACCCAGCACCUCCACCAGAGCUUACGCUGGUUCUUUGGUAUUGCAGCAGUAGUAACAGAUCUCGGCCAUGUUCUGCUGGUUGACCUAUACCUUGAUGAUCUUUCCUGCAAUCAGAGUGAACUAGAAGCUUCAGACCUGGAGGUGGUGACAAAGUCUCCUGCAGAGAUCCCCAGACUUAGAGACGUUAGUAGCAGGCAGGGCAGGCAUCUGUGUCUCCAGCUCAAUGGCCCCAGUGGAACAGGUGUCACAGCCUUGCAGUACAUCCCUCGGACCAAUCAGCUGGCAGUGGGCUUCUCAGAUGGAUACCUGCAGCUAUGGAACUUGAAGACGCUGAAGAAGGAGUAUCACUCCCAGUUGGAAGGCGGAAGGGUGCCUGUGUAUGCCUUUACCUUCCAGGAGCCAGAGAAUGACCCCAGGAACUGUUGCUACCUCUGGGCUGUCCAGUCUGCUCAGGACCUAGAAGGAGAUGUGGUAAGCCUCCACCUAUUACAACUGGCCUUCAGUGAAAGGAAAUGUCUGACCUCCGGAAAGAUCCUUUAUGAGGGUCUGGAAUAUUGUGAGGAGCGCUACAGUCAGGAGGUGGGUGGGACAGCAUUCCCUCUCAGGGCCCAGGUCACGAACACCCGCCUGUUUAGCUGUCAGACCAUUGAGAAGUUCAGACCCCACCCAGACAGGGAUGACAGCAUGAAUGAAGUGGCAUCUCCAGACACCAGUGUGUCCAUCUUCGCCUGGCAGGUAAAGGCCUAUGGUCAGGGAAACCCUUCCACUUAUAUUGGUGUCUUUGACAUCAACCGUUGGUACCACGCACAGAUGCCAGACUCACUAAGAUCGGGGGAGUCUCUGCAGAGCUGUCCCUACUUGGCAGUGUGGUCUCUUGACCCAGUGGUGCAGAUGGUCUCCCCACACCCCCUGCUGGAUAUAGUGGUACAUGAGCGCAGCCUUAGUAGAGGUCUGCCUUGCACCUGUCCCCCACCAGAACAGUUCUUCAACCCUACUUCAUACAACUUUGAUGCUACCUGUUUGCUCAACUCUGGAAUUGUGCACUUGACCUGCUCUGGGCAUCAGAAAGAGACCCUGAGCUUCUUGAAGAAAGCUGCUCCCUGCUCCAGUGAUGUAAUUUCCAGCAGCUACUCUCGCUGCUUUAUGUCUGGCCUGCUGUCAUCUCGCCUUGCAGACACCCAGCCUUCCAAUCUCUCUCAGGAGGAACAGCUAGAUGCCAUUUUGUCCACAGCAGUGGAGACGAGCUCUCUUGGACUCAUCACUGGUUGUAUCAAGCAGUGGACCGCUGAGGAGCAACCUGGCUCAGCAUUGAAUCUGCGCUACAUCCUGGAGUGGGCCUGGAAAAAAGUAGUCCAUACAAAGCAAGAAUUAGAUGGAAUCUGUGCGCCGUUAUUUGACAGCUCAUCUAACUUCACGGACCCCCAGACCCUUCAGCUGCUGCAGCACAGCCAGAGACUGCUUAGUAAUCUCAGCACCAUCUUUCACUGCCUGCUGAGUGAGGCCCAAGAGCUUACACAGAAAGGUCUGGUGGGUCUGAUGAACAAGAACCUGGUUUCCAGUCUGGUCUCUCAGUAUGCUCAGGUGGUUCUCUGGUUUUGUCGUACCGGCCUCCUACCUGAAGGAUCAGAUGAGGAUGCGCUUCAGAUCUCCAAGCCUUUCUACAGUCACUCCGUUAUUAGCAACUACUACACCAUCCGUAGAGAAGAGCUCACCAGGCUGGCAAAAGGGAAGUGGUGCACAGACUGUCUUAUGAUUGAUGGCUUAGUGGGCCAAUGUGGUGAGCGUUUGGUCCACCUGUGGAAAAGGGAUGAAGGUGGGACAGGGGAAUACCCACCAUCUACAUUACAUGCCUUACUGGACAUUUAUCUGCUAGAGAAUGUUGAUGAAACUGCCAAACAUGCCAUUGUUAUUUACCUGUUGUUAGACAUCAUGUAUUCCUUCCCCAAUAAAGGAGGAGCAUCAGUGGAGUCUUUCCCCACGGCCUUUGCCAUUCCUAUCGGGCUGGUUAAAUUGGUACAGGGCCUUUGGCUACUGGAUCACCAUGACCACCAGAGUUCAGUGGAGCUGCUUCUGCACCCAGCUACCUCUCGGUGUCACUUUGCGUGGCAGCAUGAGCGCAUCCUCCAGGCACUGAUGUGCCAGGGCCAGCACACUGUGGCAUUGCGAUAUUUCCAUGUCACAAAGCCCCCUGUCUCCUCCACCUCCCAGGCCAAACUAUGCCUCUCUGUACUGCUGCACAACAGGUGUCUUGUAGAAGCAUGGUCCUUGCUGCGACAGCAUUCAAGCCGCCUCAACAUGGAUGAGCUGCUGGGCUUUCUUUACGAGAGCUGCCAGGAGCUGGGCCUCAUCAAGGAUUUGUUAAAACUUCCUCUGGGCCUUGGUGAACAGGAGUGUUUGGAGAAGUUUCUGCAGGGUACAGGGGGUCUCCAGAACAGAGAACUGUUAAUGGUCCACCACUUGCAGCGGGCCAACUACAUUCCAGCUUUACAACUCAAUCACAGCCUCAAAAUGAACUUGAUGAAUGAGAGGGACCCUAAGCUGAGGGAGCGCACCAAUACUAGGAACUCUAUAUUAGACCAGUAUGGCAAAGUUCUGCCCAGAGUCCAAAGGAAACUGGCAAUGGAGAGAGCCAAGCCUUACCAGCACCCCUCCACUAUCCACAGAGAGGUUUCUCGACCCCAGCCAUUGUCGACCAUCACCAAGCACUGUGACAAUGAGAGGGUGAUGUCCAGGGCUGGUUUCAUCAACAAUGUCUUGACCAAGAUAGAGGAGGUUUGGUUGGGCAAAGGAGCUACACCGCAGCCGUCUCCCAUCAAGAGCCUCAAGGCAGCAGAUAUCAGCAGUCCAAGCCCCAAGUCUUGUUCCCUUGCUUUGUCUGAUCCUUUUCUAGGAACCCCUAUCACCAUGUCUGCCAAAAGAAAGUCUAGGCUGCUGGACUUGGUUGUUCACCCUUCUUGUCAGACCCCUCGGUCCCUCCUCAGCCCCCCAAGGCCCCCCAGCUCUUGGGCCCCUCCAAAGAGUAUCAGCAAGGCCCCGGAGCUCAUUCUGCUCCAAACGCCACAAGUUGUCAAGCGUGCCCGGGCCUUGGCUGCAUCUGGCCCGGUGUUCUCAGCCUUCACUCCUCAGUCCAUCUUGCGUAGCAGCCUGCGGCCCACGCCUGUCGCCACACCUUCUGCUUCCCCAGGACGCUCCAUCACCCCCCCACUUCGCAACAAAGAAAACCGAAUCACUUUCAUCGAAGAGGCCGAGUCACCUGGAGAGGAGAAGGGUGGCAUCCGCUGGAGCAAUGGGAUGGCAGCAGACAGUGGGAUCAGCAUGCUGACGAGAGGCUCUUCACUCUCUAAGACGGCUUGUCAUACCUGGACCUCACAACCCUCUGAGGAAGAGGAGGAGGAGCAAUCUGUUGUAAAGUUCAUGUCUCCAGAAGGUUGCAUUCCUUCCCCACAGAUGAAAUUUUCAGAGAGUGAGUCGUGCUCUAUCCGAGAGCUUUCUUCAGAGGUAAAAUCAUCAGGUUUCUUGUUGCCGGAAGCAUUGCCAGUGCGACUGAGUUUUGGCUUAGAAACCAGCCAGACCACCAUCCAUUCAACAGACACCACCCUGGAGUUCUAUGAUACACCGCAAGAGAAGGAGGCACAGCCAUCCAAUAAAGACGAUGAGGAAGAAGUGGUGGUUAACAGAGCUCCAGCCGAACAGCAAGAACGAAAUGAUAAGUCUUUAGCCAAAGAGCAGCAUCUUCUACUGACAUCAGAGGAUGUACAGAGUGAAGGACAGGAAAUAAAGGAAGACAAAACAUCUGACGGGGAAACGGAGAUUUGUCUUGGACAGCAGGUUCAAAUGUCUGAAAAGGAGGUGGAAGAAAAGUUUUUGUCAGAAAGCCAACAGGAAGACAUUGAGACAGUGGAAGAAGAACCUGGUCACAGUCAAGGCCAUAUCCGUGACGCUUCUGUGGUCAUGACCCCAGAACUUGAGGAAGAACCACUUCAGGACCAAUCAGAGAAGUCUGUGGGACAAAGAGAAGACCAAUCACAAGCAGCUGAAGCCCUAGAUUCCACGGAGUGCCUAGAACCAGCAGAUGUUUUACCCACCCAAGAACCUGCAGAGACCAUGGAUCACACAAGAGAUUUGACAGAGUUUGUGGAGCAGUAUCUGUUUGGAGAUGAUCUAUCUCUCACCCGCUCUGGAAUCCAUGAGGCCACACACAGCUUCACCACUUUCAACAGUGAGCCGUUAUGUGAGACCCAAGAAGAAGAGAGAAGAGCUGCUGAUGGCCCUCCAUCAUUGACCAGCCAGAAGUCUGUUGCCUCUGUGACAUCCUCUGAGCCCACUGGCACAGACUCCCACUCUGUGGUGAGUGUGAACGACAGUGAGGAACUCUUCAGCCCGGGCUCUGAUGAAGAGGAAGAUGAGGGGGAGGAUGAAGAAAAUGAAUCUGAUAGUCCUGAAGAUGAUGAAGAAGAGGAGCAUGAAGAGGAGGCAGACUCAGGCAGUGAGGUGGAAAUCAUUGAAGAGGUAAAGGGUAAUGGAAGACUCCCAUCUCUGCAGCACAGCCCCCCUUCCCUUCUGUUAUUGCACCAGAGACUACCCAACUAUCUGCCCAGUCUAUCAGAGCAGGAGGCUGCUGAGCAGUCACUGGUCCCACCUGAAGCAGGGCUGAAGAUGGUUGAAGGAGAUAUAGAGGGAGAAGUAGUGAUGGUAAGACUUGGAGCAGAUGGAGAGAUGGAGGCAGCAGAGGAAGAGGAGGAUGAGACCUCCUUCACAGAGCUCAAACCUUCCACUACUCUUCUGGUGCCCCUUGAGCUUGUGGAUGGACCGGAGCAUGACCUAGUGGAUGGUGCACAGCUUGGUUUUACAGAGCCUGAGCAUGCUACAGAGCCAGAGGAAUCAUUCACUAGAGCUCAGAGCAGCUUCUCACUGAUGCUUGAGAUGGUGGAUAGUGAUGGGGACGCAGAGGCAGGCACUCUGCCUGUGCAGAAUGACCUGCAGUCCACCACCCAGCCCAUAAAAGAGGGAAUAAGUAAUGAAAAUGUGGCCCUACCAGAGAUCCUUCUGGGCACAGACAACCAGGAUAUUCCACUGUCUGGAGAUGCUCCUACACAGGACCUAGCAACAGAUGUUGAUAUUUUAGGUGGAUGUGCUGAAGCAGAAAAAGAAACGUCGCAGUCUGUUUUCACUGAUGACUUUAAUUUCACAGAGCAUGCAAAACCCCAAAAUACCAUUUCAGUUGAAGACAUUGAAACACACCAAGAGAUGCCAGAGACCACUGAACAGAAAGCUGCUGAAUCUGUUACUUUAGCUGAAAAUGAGGCAAACAAUGAUAAAGAAGAACCUAAAAGUAUGUCGGACUCUGGGUCCAUUCUCACUGAAGAGGAGGAUCUGUCAAGCAAAGACACUGGGAUAAUGAAAGAAACUGCGACAGAGGAGAGAGUGGAGGAUGAUAAAUACACACCAGAUGAGAACCAGAAGGAGCCCAUGAGCCCAAGCAUAAUUAUGAAUGAUCAUGUGUCUGCUUUUAAAGAUAACAUACCUAUUGAGACGGAUGAGGCUGAAACAGCCCAAGCUGUGCAUAGUACAGAGGUCGUGGCUGCCUCUGUGGAAGAUCUGCAGCCGAAUUGCAGUGCCCCAGCUGAGGCUGAGGAAGAGAAAAGAGAGGAGGAUACAGUACUUCAGGAGGAGAGAGAAGUAAGAACCAGGGACAGAGAAAGAGAGGAUAUGGGUGAAGAAGAAACCAAUGUACAGCAAAUUUUAGACUCUCACCACCCAUCAGAAGAACAUUUUAUUUUGGACACCACUGCCACCUCUCAGAAGGAGUGGAGCGCUAACUCCACAUCAACAUGGAGAACAACAAGGGGGGAAAAGAUGGUUAAGUUAGACUCCUCUUUUCUGGAGGAGGAUGGCAAUGUAGAGGAGAUUGAGACAGACUCUCAGGUCCUUGCUUCUCUCGGCCGUAAAACUAGAGGCAGCAGAAAGAGCCAGGACUUUAAGGUCCCAGUCAGCACACCUCGAAGAAGCACUCGCAAAGCACAUCCCGAACCUCCUAAAGAGGAGCAUCAGGAGGAGGACACUGUUAAGGAGCAUGGGGAGGAGGUUGUGGGUGACAACAACAUGGCCUCAGUCAGCUCUGGGACCUCUACCCCAGCCAAACACCGUGUCUCUCAGAGGGCCACUCCAACAAGGAGCAGUCGUAAGACCCGAAGUAGCUCUGAAGAGGCAUCAGCAGCCUUACAGACAAUACAGGAAGAGAACAAGAAAGAAGAGAAGAUAAUUGAUAACACAGAUGCUGCACAGAGCACCUCCAAGGUUCCUACCACAGCCAAGCACUGCAGUACACAGAAUCCCACCCCAAGGAGAUCCAGUCGCAGGAUGCUGAGAAGUAAUGAGGAGGCAAAAUCAGUUCUAGAUUGUGUGAAGGAGGAGACAGAACAAGAUGAGGUUGUUAUUCCAUCUGUCAAAAGCAGCUCCAGAAGAUCAAAGACUGGAUCCUCUGUAACCCAGCCUGUCCUGCUGGAGGAAGAGGAGGUCAAAGAGCAGUCAAAUUCUAGUCCUGCCAGGGUGACCCGGAGGUCCAGUUGUAUGACCCUUAACAUUUACCCAGCGGGGAAUUUAGAGUCUUUAUCAGCCCUUCGAAGCAAAACGAAGAAAAGAGGAGAGUCAGCCAGCAAGAAGACAGAAAAACACCUGAAUCUCCCUGAGCCUGUCUUUAAGAAUGAUUCUGCUUCCAUCGUCCACACCACCCGGUCAACCAGAAGCAAACUCUGGAACAAUCCUAAGGAAGCUCUCCCCUUUCUGGACACCCAACUAGAGGUGGAAUCUGAAAUACCGGUUGCUGACGACUUCAUCAAGAGGCUCCAAGAUGAAGAGGAGAAGCAGGAAGGAGCAGUUGUCAAGGAAGUAGUGGGAGCCAAUAAAAGGAAUACAAAGUUAUCUGUGGAGAAGAUUCCAUCUGCUUUUCCCAUUAACAUGGGAAACAACCUGGUCCCUGAGCCUGAAGAUGAUCAGGCUGACCUAACCCAAGAUUCAUUAAUCUAUUCAAGAAGGCAAACAAGAGGGCGCAGAGCAGAAUCUUCUGUCCAACAUGAAGAAUUUUUGCCCCUUGUCACACGCACAAGAAGAAAUGUUGCUUCCAGCAUUGCCCUCACAGCUCAGCAUAAAAAUAAACAUCCUUUAGGAAAUGAUAUGGAAUCAGAGAUGGCACCACCCACUACUAAAAUGAGAAAAAGCAAGCGAACAACUAGGACCAAAGCAUCUCUGGUGGCACUUCCUCUAGCAAAGGUGGACCUUAUCUCCCCUCCACCCAGUCCAGCCGAGUCUGCGCCCCUAACUAAGAAGAAGGUUGAGGAAAGCGAUGCCCCAGCCCCUCACAUGAACCUGAGACGCAAACGAAUAAUGGACACCGCUUUCCCAAAGCCUGUCAGCCGCAGGAAGAAACUCUGAUUUGGAAAAUGCUCCCAUACACAUCAAACCUCCUGAAAACCUUAACCAACUUAGUCAGGAGCUGCAGUGAGAAUCAAGUGUGUGUGCCUCCAUGUUGGUGUUUUUAUUUUUAUUUUAUUUACUGAUCAUGGCUCCUUUUCUGCAAAGACCUCAUUAGCAUUACAGUUGUCAUCAUUUACCGGAUUCCUAUUUUGAGUUAGAAUACUCUGGGCAGGACAGCAAAAUGGUGAUGGAGACUGUGGAAGACUGACUGAUGUCAUCUGUCUCACAUCCAAGACUAUUUUCACCUUUUCCUGUAACUUUUAAUUUGUCUGUGGAUGCAAAAUGAUAAAUUUGAAAGAAACCCAUGAGGAGCUCCUUGGUUUUAGAAAAUCCCUUAAACUAAACCUGGAAAAGGUGUCACUCUUCUCAAACCAAGAGGUUUUACUCACCCCCUCUUUGAUUUUAUUCCAUUUUCCUGUUUAAGAUUUUUUUGGGGUCUGCUGUUUUUGUCCCCCCUCCCCCCCCUAUUUAAGGUUAAGCAGCGAUGUUUCUACUGAUGAAUAUGUAAAUAGACUUUUGCUAUUUUCUAAAUAGAAUUGAAAAAUCAUUUUUUCCCCCAAAAAAACCCUUAUUUUCUCCUUCUGAUGUCUGAAAUGUUUGAUUGCGUUCGAUCUACUAAUCAGAUAACCCCAUUGUAGUCUUAAAUUUCAAGAUGAGACGCUGUGAGUAUUUUGUGAAAGAUGCACAAACCUUGUACAAUAUUAUCAACAAAUUUAGACUGUUUUUGUAUGUCAUGAGUUUGUUGUAUAUUGUGAGAGAAUUUGACUUGCACAGCGAUUGGGACUUGUAAAUAGGCUUGUUAAGUUCUUGGUAACUGCCAGCUGACUAAUAGGCUAUUUUCAGAUGAAUGUAUGUAGAAUGUUUUAUUUUUGAUGACUGCUCUUUGAUAAAUAUGUAAAGCUUGAA